AUGGUCCUGCUACUUGUCUUCAUGUCUGCUGGCUCCCUCGCAAUGGGCAAUCUCCUGCAAGAGUUCAUCGCCACGGAUUCAAAUGUUCUUGAAGAUCGAGAGUGGAUUUGGAUACACUACGGCACAGCUUACCGCUCCCUCUACACACUCUAUGAGAUAACUUUCGCAGGUAAUUGGCCGACCAAAGCAAGACCAGUCUUGGACAAGGUGAGCCAUGCCUUCGUCGUUUUCUUCGUUCUGUACAUCACCCUGAUUGUUUUCGCGGUCAUCCGUGUGGUCACCGCUGUUUUUUUGAAGGAUACCCUGGAGGCUGCACAAAACGAUGCGGAACUUCAGAUGGUGAAUCAGAUGAGAAAGAAGGCCGAAUACAUCAAGCGCCUCGAGCGGGCUUUUACCAGCAUCGAUGCUGGUGGAAAUGGUAUGAUCACGGAGGAGAGGCUCAUUGACCCUUCACCAGCAAUUAUGAGGCUUGCAUCUCAACCGCAGAACAGGUGUGCGAUGAUAUCGCUUACGUAUUCACACAGGCGCAUGGCCGCCGACCCCCCCCCCCUCCCCCCCGCUUUCAUUUAG